AAUUUCCAUCAAGAAAUCCGACCAGCCCACUGGAUUGUCGAGCAGCGGACCGUUUCCCCCCUCCUCCUCUCUCCUCCUCCUCCUCCUCCUGCCUGCACUAUAUGUUACAUUUCCAGCUCUCUCCUCUCGCUUUUUUUUACGCAAGCGUGGACGUCCACGGCACGGCGACACAAGUGCGCACCACAAGCGAGGGAGAGCGAGAGCUAGGCACAGGCACGGCGGGCGGACGUUGGCCGGGUAUCGGAGAGACGACGCGGCGGGGGUGUCUGUCUUUGUUGGGAACCGGAGAACUGGACGGUGGAUUUGUUUAUUCUCCGGAUUUUGGAUCGUGGGGGGGCUAGGAUAACUUCGCACGGGACAAAACCCGCCUUCUUUCAUGUCAUCCGGCGAUUUGUUUCGCCCGGCGUGUUGACGCCAGUGAGAGGGGGGGAAGAAGAAGAGGGGGAAACGGGAGCACGGAGGAGCGCAUCUGACAGACGAGCGGCAGGAAUACACACGAGUUCCCGUGCACCAGCUGCACCAGCACAGACGCUAACGACAUCGGAUCGUGAUUCUGAAACGUGUUUUAAGGAGCUUGUGAUGCGGCAACGUGGGUCGGUGUGAGCGGGGACGAGGGAACGAUGCUGUGCCGUUCGCUCGAGGCUGUGCACCGUAGGGCAGCGUGUUAUUGAUGAUCUGCACGGCGUGGAAAAAUGCAUCGAGUCGCAACUUUGUUCAGGGGUCUGACACACAAUCAUCUCCUUUAAAAGUGCAUUUAUGUGUUCCCAUGGCGUGCGCUGUCCUGUUUCCCUUGAAUAUAGCUUAGUGUUUCAGUAAACGCCUGUGCCAUUUGUUCAGCAUCCCGGAAGCCCUGUGCUGUUUAUGGUUUUAAUUUUUUUUAGACCCCGCAUCCUGCAGUGUGUUGAUGCCAGCGGGUUGCGUUAUAUAGAUGAAAAUCUUCAGAUUCGUGUUGCCAAAUGAUUGGUAGGCUAAAUUGUGAAUGUGGGCAGGCCUAACCUUCGCUUUAUGCAGAUCAAAUCGAUAGCGAGAUAAAGACGGCUCUGGCAAGCUCUUUAUGCCACUCUGCAAGUGUCACGGGGGGUGUGUUUGGAGUCCCGCAUUUUGAGUUUUUACGCGAGCCUCGGGGCAGCAGGGAAGCUGCUCAGUGGAGUGGAAACUGUCAAAACACUGUCUCGGCUGUAAGGCAACGUCUCAAGAAAACUUUCAAUGGUUUUCCGAAAGUUGCCCGGUGUCUCGGCAUCGGGCAUGGGUCUGCGCCUGUCCCAGAAAUUCAUGUUUCUGCUCUUUCUCUCGGGUUUGGUAACACUGUGUUUUGGGGCCCUCUUCUUUUUGCCCGACUCUGUCCGACUAAAACGCAUUUUUCUGUCCAAGACAGAGAUCCAGCCAGUCACCGUUGGCUCCGGCUCAGAGAACGAUGUCAGGGAGCACUUAAAAAGACCCAAAGACCAGGGCAUGACUUCGGCUAAAGGAGAGGCUGGCAUCAAGCUGAAAAGCCAGAGCCGCAAACCCCCAGUCUCUUACGAGGCGACCGAGGUCCGGCUCGCCGGGGGCAAAGCGCAGGAGGAUCUGAACCUCUCCAGGUCCAAGACGGAGUCCGCGUCAGAGAAAGUGACCUCCUCUAACCACGGUGCCAACUCGGAUACUUUUAGUUACAAGAAGUUCAGAAGGUGCUUGUUCAAACCCCCGCUGGGAAGAGACAACGGCAGACCGGUCGACCCGCAGACCAACGAGCGCCGGGAGAAAGUCAGAGAGAUGAUGAAAUUUGCCUGGGAUAACUACAAGCGCUAUGCCUGGGGCAAGAAUGAGCUGCGGCCUUUGACGAGAAACGGACAUAUUGGCAACAUGUUUGGUGGCCUGAGAGGAGCAUCCAUCGUUGACUCACUAGACACUCUGUACAUUAUGGGUUUGAUGGAUGAGUAUAAUGAUGCCAAGGAAUGGGUGAAGACCAGCCUGGAUCUAAAUUCGAACGGCGAGGCAUCACUGUUUGAGGUGAACAUCCGUUACGUUGGCGGGUUGCUGUCGGCGUACUACUUGACAGGGGAGGAGUUGUUCAAAAAUAAAGCAGUGGAGCUGGGAGAGAAGCUAUUGCCUGCCUUCAACACACCAACAGGAAUACCCCGAGGAGUCAUCAAUCUCGGGAGCAGUGGCACCAGUUGGAGCUGGGGUUGGGCCUCAGCCGGGAGCAGCAUCCUGGCUGAGUUUGGGACUCUUCACCUCGAAUUUGUGCAUCUGACUGAGCUGUCCAGCAAUCCAGUAUACACGGAGAAGGUGAUGAACAUCAGGAAACUUCUGAACAAGAUUGAGAAACCCCAUGGCUUGUACCCAAACUUUCUCAGUCCAGUCAGUGGCAACUGGGUCCAGCAUCAUGUUUCCAUUGGUGGCCUUGGGGAUAGCUUUUAUGAGUAUCUGAUCAAAUCAUAUCUGAUGUCAGACAAGACGGACGACGAUGCGAAGAAGAUGUAUUACACUGCACUGGAGGCAAUCGAAGCCAACCUGGUACAGAAGUCGCCUGGUGGUCUCACCUACAUGGCUGAGUGGAGAGGUGGAAUCCUGGACCACAAGAUGGGUCACCUGGCCUGCUUCUCCGGGGGCAUGAUCGGAAUUGGGGCAGACGAUGGCGCACCGGAGAAGAGGCAGCACUACCUGGACCUUGCCGCAGAGAUCACACAUACAUGCCAUGAGAGCUAUACUCGCUCAGCUACUAAACUGGGACCUGAAGCAUUCAGAUUCGACAGCGGAGCCGAGGCGACGGCAACCAGACUGAGCGACAGAUACUACAUCUUACGACCAGAAGUAAUUGAGAGCUACAUGUACAUGUGGAGGCUAACCCACGACCCCAAGUACAGAGAGUGGGGCUGGGAGGCUGUUGAGGCCCUGGAGCAGCACUGCAGAGUGGAGUCUGGCUUCUCUGGGAUCCGCGAUGUUUACACCACGAGUGUCAGCCAUGAUAACAUGCAGCAGAGCUUCUUCCUCUCAGAGACACUUAAGUAUCUGUACCUUCUCUUCUCUGACGAUGACCUUCUCUCCUUGGAGGACUGGGUCUUUAACACAGAAGCCCACCCGCUGCCUAUCAUCCGCAAUAGCUGCCUGCAGGAUGAUGCAACACAGGAAAAGACGGCCUCCGAAUAAGACUGAACACCGACGAACAGUUGGGACAGUUAAAGACAUCUGCACACACACAAACAUAAAUAUCGCAAACACCAAUUCAGUGCAGGUUCCGAGUCUUUUCAGGAGCGUGUUACGGACUCUCGAUUCCUUUCCAGUAAAGGAUGUUGUCGUUUUACGCUGUGAUUGUAAAUCCUUUUGCCGGGGUUACUUCCUGCUGGCACUUCUAUUUUGUGGACAAUCAAGACAAACAUGACUUUCAUGAAAAGAGCACCUUUUUUUCUUUCCUUCUUUCCUCUGUGAGGAAACCGGUUUAACUUGCAGACCCAAAUGUAUGGGAGAGAGGGGGGAUGAAGCGUGGGCCAUAUUGUCGGAAAGAAAGAAACACACAGAAAACCACUUAAGUUUUGCUCCUUAGUUUUGCUGUUCCGUUAAUCUUCAGUAAUCAAUGAUUUCCUGAGAUCCUCUGUGCUUUUUAUUUUGUUUUCCUUUGUGAGUACACACUCUUUGACCAAAGGUUUCUUUGCAUUGCUUUUCCCCCUCUUUUAAUGUGUUUUUGGUGAGAUUUAGUGGAAAGUUAAACAUUUACAGUGAGGUUUGAAUAUUGACUAAUGUACAAACAUGAAAUCUGACUCUGAAGUCCACCUCUAAACUGAUGUUGAUGUCACGUUUCUUACGGAAACAAGUUCGAAUGAAUUUUCUAAAGUUCAGAGGUGAUCAUGAAAGUGGUCGUGUCUUAUGCAUCCAGGGACCAUUUUUUUAAAGAAUGAUGUUGGGUUGUGUUUCCACAGUGUGCUGUUAUUUUAUUCAGUUUUUCCCAUCAGGACAGUGCUUUCUCUGUCCUUUCAGAUCAAAGUGACAAACGCAGUAAUGUCAGUUCUGUGACUGUAAAAGAACCAUAAAGGAAAAGAGUACAUUUGCUCUCCAGCUCCAAAUGGGUUUUCCUGUUUCUGUUGUAGUUUCUUCUGCUUCACCCUGCCUUUACAUGUGAAUCCAAAUGGCUGCCAAUACCGAUGUUAAGGCAGUUAGGCUGCAGAGACGUCAUUUUUCAUCACUGCUGUUCCGCACAGUUGUGGAGCGAAUGUGCUGUAUAUAACGGAUGAUUUGAGUGACCCCAUAUGAGCUUGUCUUGACGUUUUUCUUUCAACUAUUUUGUGUCUUUUUCUUUUUCUAAACUUCAGUGAUUAUUUUUUUCUGGGUUCUUUUUAUUUGCUUCCCUCAGGUGUUUCAGUAAAAAAAAAAAGGGAAAAAAAACUAAAAAGUUCUGAUUUUAAGUCUAGUUAUUGCUGAUAUUAAUUAUUGUUAUUACUUAUUCUUACUGUUUGAUUUUAACUUUCAUUGUUAAAUAUUUUCAAAUACUGAUUAAAAACUGUGCAACUUUGUACAUUUAAAACGA